ACCCCCACCCCCACCAAAUUCUAACGCCCCUAACUUUAAUACUACAUUAUAUUCAACUCCUUCAUUCCUCUCUUGUAUAAAAGUAUGCACAGAUUGUGUGUGUGAGUGAGGAGCCAAAAGCCUAGGCCACCUGUUGGUUUCUUCCAUAAACCACCUCUAAAAUCCACUGCCACUUGUGAUCAAGAAUUGGUUACAGAAAGCCCUUGAAUUUAUUUUUGCAUUUUCUCACUCUUUUUUUAACUCUCUCUCCCAUUACCAAUUUAUACCAUUUCUGACCUUUUUCACCAAAUGGGUUUUAGGUUAUAGGUCCUCUAUUUAUUAGGUGCGCACACACACACAUUGAGGGAAUCCAUCUAGAUUGUAUGAGGAGAUCGCCGUAAUCUGAGAUAGACAAACGAGGCCCUUUUCUUGAACUGAUCUCUGUAUCUUUUAAUUUUUAUUUUGUUCAUAGAGAUAUAAGGAUUGGGUUUUUAUCCUUGAGAUAAGAAGCCUAAUAAAGAUUGGAUUGUUUUGAUAUCUAUAGUCUGAAUUUUUGUGUGGAUAGUGUUUUUCUUUCUUGAAUUCUUGUAAUUUGGGGUUUCUGUGUGUUUCUGGGUUUUGAUUCCAUGGCUGCUGGUGCAGAGGUGUCUGGUGAGGGAGUGGUUGGAGUUGAUUCCCAAAUUGCUGUUGUUGAGCCUUUAUCACCCAAAAAUCCUAGCCCUCCUAGUGAAAAAAUCGUUGAGAAAAUUGAAAUUGAUAACGAAAAUGAAAAUGAGAAUUUCAGUUCUGAUAAGUCUGGGGAAUCGGAUGCAAGUAAUGGUGUUAAAAUAUCUGAUUCGAAUUCGAAUGCGGAUUCAAAAUCGGAGCUGCAAAUGAAGGAAAUUGUUGAUAUGCUGAAGAAACUCAAGUUGAAUCCCAUGGCCAAGGAGUUUUUUCCUUCCAAUUAUUAUUAUGGCCAAAUGGGUGAUUACAACUUUGUGCUUUCAGAUAAGAAUUUGGGAAAUGAUGGUUUCCCUAAUAAUCGAAGGAGAAGAAACAACUACAACUCAAGCAGGAGGAGAAUGAGUGGCAGAGCUGCUAGAGCUCAAAGGGAAGACAGCAUUAGGCGAACUGUCUAUGUCUCCGACAUUGAUCACAAUAUUACUGAGGAGCGGCUUGCUGCCUUAUUCAGCAGCUAUGGACAAGUUCUUGAUUGUCGGGUAUGUGGUGACCCACACUCCCGUCUUCGCUUUGCUUUUGUAGAAUUUGCAGAUGAUUAUUCUGCUAGAGCUGCUCUUAUCCUUUCCGGUACACUCUUAGGUUUCUCUCCGAUCAAGGUCUUGCCUUCUAAAACUGCUAUUCUCCCUGUGAAUCCUACAUUCCUUCCCAGGUCGGAGGAUGAGCGUGAAAUGUGUGCAAGGACAGUUUACUGUACAAAUAUUGAUAAGAAGGUUACUCAAGCUGAUGUCAAGAAUUUCUUUGAAACAAGAUGUGGGGAGGUUUCGCGCCUGAGGCUCUUGGGAGAUCACAUGCACUCUACACGAAUUGCUUUUGUUGAAUUCUUCAUGGCUGAGAGUGCAAUCUUGGCUCUCGACUGCUGUGGUGAAAUCCUGGGAUCCCAGCGUAUCAGGGUGAGCCCUUCAAAGACACCGGUGAGGCCACGGAUGCCCCAAGCUGGAGUGCAGUAACUCGUCUGUCUCGUGAAGGUGAAGGUUGCUGUUUCUUCUCUUGGAAGAGACCUGCUUCAAAAUAGAAGUGGUCAUGAAACUUACUCUGUUUCAGCUUUCCAUUUUCCUGGGAACAGUGACAUUUUCUUUUCUUUCUUUCUUGCUCCUGAAUUUAAAUUCUUGAUGUUACUGAGUUUUGUUUUUUUCGAUGAUCGCAAACUCGGCUACGUUUCACUAUAUUUAAACAUGGAAUGCGCUCUAGCUUCACUACUACAAUGCUGCUUAAAAUAAAUGGAGAAAUCGCCGCUGCCCUUGUUUUGCCCAAGGGUUCGAUUACAGGUUA